AUGACGAUCAAUCCGGGAACUACUGGGAUUUGCUGCCUGGCGUUGUCCACCCUCCUGGGAAACAUAACAGCUUUUCCCCCAGAGCCAUCCUAUAUUUCGUCUCUGGCCUCUUACUUCUCACUCCAAGAAGCAAGUCUCCAGCCUCAGUGUAUAAUCUUCCCGGAGAGCACUAAUGACGUCUCAAUCGCCGUCAAAACUCUUACAAGUCUUUAUGUCGACCUCAAGGACGAUGGCAAACGACAAUGCCAAUUCGCUAUUAGGUCCGGUGGGCACACUGCUUGGGCAGGCGCUGCCAACAUUGAUGGAGGUGUCACCUUGGAUCUGCGAAAGCUAAAUUCAGUCCAUGUCAAUUCUCAUAGAGAGACUGUGUCAGUUGGCGCAGGUGGCUCCUGGGACUUGGUUUACUCCAAGUUGGACCCCUUAGAUCGCAGCGUCAAUGGGGGGCGUACGGCGGGCGUCGGUAUUGGAGGAUUGAGUACCGGAGGCGGCAUCUCUUAUUUUGGGACCCGUUAUGGUUGGACAGCGGAUGCAAUCAUCAACUAUGAGGUAGUGCUGGCUAAUGGGACUGUCGUGAACGCCAAUGAUUAUGAGCAUCCAGAUCUGCUAUGGGCUCUGCGGGGCGGUAGCAACAACUUUGGCAUUGUCACCUCCAUCGAAAUGCAAACGUUUCCGCAAGAGCCGUUCUUCGGUGGGUAUGCGUACUACAAGCCUGAUGUUUGGCUUGAGGAGGUUCACGAAUUUGUCAAGAUCAACGACCCUGCGACAUAUGACGAGUUUGCGCAUCUGACAUUGACUUGGGGCUUCUCCGCUACUACUGGGUUGAUUGUCGCGAAUCAGCUCGAGUAUACCAAACCCGAGGAUAAUCCUUCCAUUUUUGCGAAUUUAAGAAGCUUACCUGCACUGCUCAGCGUUGGUGGGAUAUCCAAUGUAACACAGCUUUCCCGAGACUUGAGAAGCCAGGCUGCAACCGGUCAGCGGAUGUUUUGGAGUACUCUUACAUUUUUAUCAACCGAGGCCGCAAUCAAUGCAACAUUCUUCCGUUUCAAUGAGAGUUCCCUUGCAAUAGGAGAAAUUCCAGGAAUUGUUUCAUCGCUCACUUUGGAACCACUUCCACCAGUACUUUACGCACGCAACCGGAGAUCCAAUGCUCUAGGCUUUGACAACAGAGGGAAUAUAACCAACGCGCUAGUAAUCGCUUUGCUGAGCGUCAGUUAUACGUCUCCAGAUGACGACGACCUUGUUGAGCAAUAUGGUCGCUCGCUAAUGGAUGCAAUAAAUGUCGACAUGAUCAAACUCCAAGCCUUCGAUCCCUUCUUGUACCUGAACUAUGCAGCACCGUACCAAAACCCUCUGCUUAGCUACACAGAGCCUAACGUCCGCCGGUUGCGUAAGAUUGCAGCUGAGCAGGACCCGCUAGGGACUUUCCAAUAUCAGGUUCCUGGUGGAUUUAAGCUUCCUCAAGCCUGA